AUGGAGGCUGCAGCGUCAGCGGUACCCAAACUCUGCCCAGCUGGCACCUUUUCCAGCCUCCCAGGGAGGAGCAAGCUUUCCGAGUGCCAGCCUUGCCCCUCUGGCUUCUACUGCGAAGGACCUGGCCUCAGUGCCCCAACUGGAGAGUGCUGGGAAGGCUAUUACUGUGACAGCCAGCAAGGGCCAGUUAUUGAUGUUACCCUUUACCCGUGCCCGCAAGGUUUUUACUGCCCACCAGGGACGAACAGGAGCACUCAGUACGCCUGCCCUGCAGGAACCUUUGGACCAAGGCAAAAACUGAAAACUCAAAAGGAAUGUCAGAGAUGCCCACCAGGAAAAUACUGUGAAUUCUCUGGACUUGCUGCCCCCACAGGAGACUGUGCUGAGGGAUUCUGGUGCAAAAGUGGUGCCCGAGUAAGAAACCCCCAAGAUGGAGAAUCAGGACUUCCUUGUCCUCCUGGUCAUUAUUGUCCUGAAGGCACUCUGCUUCCGUUGCAGUGCCCUCCUGGCACGUGGUCUGGCAGUGAAGGUAGAAGGAGUGUGCAGGAAUGCCAGCCAUGUCCUGGGGGGUAUUACUGCAACAGCUCUGGGCAGAGGGCACCCUCAGGACACUGCAGCCCAGGGUACUACUGUGUCACUAGAGCCCAGACCCCAGUGCCCACUGAUGGCCUCUCAGGAGCUCCGUGUCCAGUCAGUCACUUUUGUCCUCUUGGAUCCGGGAGUCCAACCCCGUGCCCCCCUGGCUCCCACAUGCCGCACACCCACGGAGAGCAGUGCUAUCCUUGCCCGGUGGGUGAAUUCUGUGUCUCUGGUGAGAAGCCACGGCCAUGUCCCCAGGGUUAUUUCUGUCCCAAGGGCACAGCUUUUCCGAUUGCUUGUCCGGCUGGGUCCUAUAACCCUUCCCAAAGGCAACCCAGCUGCCUCCCCUGUCCUGAAGGCUUCUUCUGCCCCAAGAAUUCGUCUUCCUUUUUGGAGAACGAAUGUUCAGCCGGCCACUACUGCCCUCCCGGUACUGCUUCUGCAACUCAGUUCCCGUGUCCUCAGGGGACUUACAACCCACAGCCUGGAAGCAGCCUGAUGUCUCGCUGCACCCCCUGUGACCCAGGUAACCAGCAAAUAAGCAUCUCUCAGGCUGAGGACAGGAGAAUGUAUGAAAAUGUGUCUUGAACAUUCCUGACCUUCAGCGGAUGAACUGUCCACGCGUUACAGGACCCUGUUUGGCUGGGUUCUACUGCAGCGGAGGUGUUUCUAGUCCCACACCUACAGAUGGUCUUCUGGGGAAUGCAUGCCCCAAGGGAAAUUACUGUCCUCUGGGCUCUGCCUUUCCACAGCCGUGUCCUCCUGGUUAUUAUAGCAACUCAACUGGGAAUACUGGGAUUGAGGACUGUCUCCUGUGUGAUGCAGGGUACUUCUGCAAUGGGACUGGACUUGUGUCUCCAACUGGAUUAUGUGAGGCUGGAUUCUACUGUAGUGGAGGAGCCAUUUCUCCUAAGCCUCCCAGGACAACAGUCAGUGGGGGACCAUGUCCACCUGGACACUACUGUGUGGUGGGGAGCACCAGAGCCCAGCCGUGCCCUGCAGGGAGUUACAGCCCAUCUUGGAGCAUGGCACAGUGUCUGGAGUGCCCAGA